GAGAGAGAGACUGCGAGUUACAGAGGGCAAGAUGUCGGCGACACUUACAGGAUCGGGAAUUGCGCUGGGGGUUUUGAGUUCCUCGAAGAUCCCGAAGAGAGUUUCUUCUUCGCCGUCUAACCGGUGCUAUAUCAACAUGUCUGCUUCCGCCGACAAGAAGAAGACAAGUUUCACUCUUCAGAAAUCAGAGGAAGCUUUCAAUGAUGCUAAGAAUCUUAUGCCUGGAGGUGUGAAUUCCCCUGUCCGGGCCUUCAAAUCCGUUGGUGGAACACCAGUUUUUGUUGAUUCCGUUAAAGGCUCAAGGUUGUGGGACAUUGAUGGAAAUGAGUACAUCGACUACGUUGGAUCUUGGGGACCAGCUAUAAUUGGCCAUGCCGAUGAUGAGGUUCUCGCGGCUCUAGCUGACACGAUGAAAAAAGGAACAAGCUUUGGUGCUCCUUGUCUCUUAGAGAAUGUUCUUGCUGAGAUGGUUAUAUCAGCUGUUCCGAGCAUUGAAAUGGUUCGUUUUGUCAAUUCGGGUACCGAAGCAUGUAUGGGUGUGCUACGUCUUGCCCGAGCCUUCACUAAUAAAGAAAAGUUCAUCAAGUUCGAAGGAUGUUACCACGGUCACGCUAACGCCUACCUUGUUAAAGCUGGUAGCGGUGUAGCCACUUUAGGGCUACCAAAUUCACCAGGUGUACCCAAAUCAGCUACUUCAAACACUUUAACAGCUCCAUACAAUGAUAUUGAAGCUGUUGUGAAGCUAUUUGAGACGCAUAAAGGCGAGAUUUCUGCGGUUAUUCUUGAACCUGUUGUUGGUAACUCUGGAUUCAUCACUCCUACACCAGAAUUCAUCAACGAUUUACGCCAGCUUACUAAAGACAAUGGUUCUCUUCUCAUCUUCGAUGAAGUCAUGACGGGAUUUCGUUUAGCUUAUGGUGGAGCCCAAGAAUACUUCGGAGUCAAGCCCGAUUUGACAACUCUGGGAAAAAUCAUCGGCGGCGGUCUUCCCGUGGGAGCAUUCGGUGGAAGACGAGAUAUUAUGGAGAUGGUUGCUCCCGCAGGUCCGAUGUACCAAGCCGGGACUCUAAGUGGUAAUCCGCUAGCAAUGACUGCAGGGAUUCUCACUCUGAAGCGGCUAAAGCAGCCAGGAACAUACGAGUAUCUAGACAAGAUCACGAAGGAGCUAACCCGCGGAAUCUUAGAAGCUGGAAAUAAAAGCGGGCAUUCCAUGUGUGGCGGUAACAUAAGCGGGAUGUUCGGUUUCUUUUUCGUGGAGGGACCGGUCUAUAAUUUCGCAGACGCGAAGAAGAGCGACACCGAGAAGUUUGGUAGGUUUUUCAGGGGAAUGCUGGAAGAAGGUGUUUACUUUGGACCGUCUCAAUUUGAGGCUGGGUUUACGAGUUUGGCUCACACUCGGGAGGAUAUAGAGUUUACGGUUGCUGCAGCCAGGAGGGUCCUCGGUAGGAUCUAGACUGUUCUAGAACUCCAACCCUGUGAGUCUGUUCACAAGGUUCUGUCUGAUGGGGACGUUGUGGGUACCUACUACUACGGUUUGAUGAUCGAUGAUAUUAUUCUUGUGUCCAGACCUUUUUUGUCAUUUUGAUAAAGAAUGUUUGUAAUU